AUGUUGGACGUGACCGGCAUGCGUCACCACCUGAUGUGCCCCAUCUCGCUGCAGCCCAUGCAGGACCCCGUCACGGCGCCCACCGGCAUCACCUACGACCGCGGCGCCAUCGAGAGCUGGCUCGCCGCCGGCCACGCCACCUGCCCGGUCACCGGCCAGCCGCUCGCCCUCGCCGAACUCACCCCGAACCACACGCUCCGGAGGCUCAUCCAGUCCUGGCACCUGCCUUCCUCCACCUCCACGCCGGCGCCGGCGCCGGAGGCGGGUGAGGCUAAGCUGCUGGCGGACGACGCAGUAGAGCAGCAGCGGCAGCCGGAGGUCGCCGCCGCCGACGUCGUCGUCAAGAAGCUGCUGUGCACGGCUGCUUCUCCGCCCGUCGACGUGCUCCGCGAGGCCGCGGAGGUUGCGUCCGAGAACGACGCGGCGCAGCGGCACAUGGUGGACGCCGGUGUGCUCCAGCGCGUGCUCCGCCUCACCGUGUCGAGCGCCAGCGAGGUCAUCAAGAUCGCCGAUCCCGGACACCAGGGAAGGAGCAGCUUAGAGAUCACACGCACCAUCGAGGCCGGACUUGAUCUCGUCCGCGCGCUCGCCGUCUCCGGCAACGAGCUCCGGCCGCUGGUCGUCGCCGAUAGCCACGUGCACGACCUCCUCGACGCGGUUUCGGACGUGCUGCUGGCCCUCGAGCAGCCUGCCGGCACCGGCGGCGGCGACACCGACACGGCGAGGGCGAGCGCGGUCCGGCUACUGGACUCCGUGACGGAGGCGGCCGGCUCCGCGGUGCUGGAGCGGCUGCAGCCGGCGCUCUUCCGCGCCGUCACGGCGGUGGUGCGCGACAGGGUGUCCCCCGGCGCGACGCGGUCCGCGCUGCGGGUGCUCCUGCACGCGUGCACGCUGGGCCGGAACCGCGCGCUGGUCGUGGACGCCGGCGCCGCGCACGAGGCUAUCCAGCUGGAGCUCGACGCGCCGCCGUCCUCAUCCGCGCCCGCCCACGCGGGCGGCGUCAGUAGGAGGGUGACGGAGCUGGCCAUGGCGCUGCUGGCGGAGCUGUGCGCGUGCGCGGACGGGCGCGCGGCCGUGGCGGCGCACCCGGCGGGCGUCGCCGUGGUGGCGCGGCGGCUACUGCACGUGUCCGCGGCCGCCGACGCCUGCGCCGUGCGCGUGCUGGCCGCCGUGGGCGGCCGGGCGGCCUCCCCCGAGGUGGUGCGGGAGAUGGCGCGCGUCGGCGCCGUCGGGAAGCUCUGCUGCGUGCUGCAGGCCGACUGCGACGCCGCCGUCAAGGAGGCGGCCCGCGCCGUGCUCAGGCUGCACUCCGGCGUCUGGAGCGGGUCGCCCUGCGUCAGCGCCUACUUGCUCUCCAGGUACCUCUAG